AUGGCCACAGCAAUGGGCAAGCGUCUUGAAGGCAAGACCGUCGUCAUUACCGGUGCCUCUUCAGGCAUUGGCAAGAGCACUGCUCUGGAAUUCGCUCGCACCAGUCCUAAGAACCUGAAACUGGUUGUUACUGCACGUCGCUUGGAAGCCCUGCAGCAAUUGAAAGAGGAUAUUAACAAGGAAGUUGGCGAGGGUGUUAAGGUCUUGCCUGUACAGCUGGAUGUCAGCAACCCUGAAGAAGUCAAGAACUUUGUUGGAAAUCUUCCAGAGGAGUUUAGGGAUAUUAACGUUUUGGUGAAUAAUGCGGGUCUGGUCAAGGGUGUCGCCAAAGCCCCUUCAAUCGCCGAACAAGACAUGAACAUCAUGUUUGCGACAAACGUCACAGGCCUCAUCAACAUGACCCAAGCCAUCCUACCCAUCUUCCUCAACCGCACAGAAGGAUCCUCCGGUCUCUCUGGCGCCGGCGACAUCAUAAACGUCGGCAGUAUCGCAGGCCGCGAACCCUACCCCGGCGGUAGCAUCUACUGCGCCACCAAAGCCGCAGUUCGCUCGUUCACAGAAUCGCUGCGUAAAGAGUUGAUCGCAACCCGUGUUCGCGUGAUCGAGAUUGAUCCUGGACAAGUCGAGACUGAGUUUUCGGUGGUGAGAUUCUAUGGCGAUAAGAAGGCUGCUGAUAAGGUUUAUGAGGGUUGUGAACCUUUGACACCUGAGGAUAUUGCAGAGGUUGUUGUGUUUGCUGCUGGCAGGAGGGAGAAUGUUGUUGUGGCUGAUACGUUGAUUUAUCCCAACCAUCAGGCCGCUGCUACGGUCAUGCACAGAAAGACUUGA